UGCAGCAGCUGUCCAUGUCGAAUGCACCUAUUCUCUGGGACUGGCUCUGUUAUGCAAUAAUCACGUGAACAGAUCACGUGAUUACCAUUCCGUAGAAUUCUCAGCACAGGCUUCGAACAGAAAAGGAUUCCUUUUGAUCGAAUACGAAACUGACGGAUUUAGGGAGUAGGCUAUACACUUCAAUCUGGCUAUCCCAAUUUAAACUAAUUAAUUGAUAGAUAUCUCAGUGAAAACCUUCACGAAUCGUUAUUAGGGUUAAGGUUCGUCUGAUUCUGAUUAAGGGUAGCCUAUAUUUUCUUUUACUCGAGUGUUUGAAGCCCAAGGCAAUACAAGCUGAAACCAAGCGUUUCCAACGAGCAAUAUAACAAAGACCCCCUCACUCUAACAGUGACCCUGUGUGUUUUGGUGUGAAUAUGAAUCUGACACCUCUCCUCCUCUGUAUUUGCUGCUGUUUUACAACCUCAGCCUAUUUUUUCACAUCUCCACACGUGUGGACCAAGCUGAUACUGACCCACCACUGGCCCAGCACCUUCUGCAGUAUGGAGCAUUGCCAUCCCAAUAUCAGCUACUGGACUGUGCACGGCCUCUGGCCUGAUAAAGGAAUGGACUGUAACAAUUCUUGGCACUUCAAUGAGAGUCUUAUUGAGGACCUACUCCCAGACAUGAUGAAAAGUUGGCCGGACCUGUUAAAACCAUCCACUACUUCAUUUUGGAAGUAUGAGUGGAACAAGCAUGGGACAUGUGCGGCCAGGGCACAGUCCCUGAACAGUCAGCACAAGUACUUCAGCAAAGCUUUGGAGCUCUACCACAAGCUGGACCUAGAUGGAGUUCUGAGAAAAUUCAAUAUUGUUCCCUCUAAGGAAUACUACUCGAAUGAGCAGCUGAGGUGGACCUGUGUGGACUCACUUAAGUUUGAUGACAUUGAGGGAGCCAUAUUGAAGUUCUACCAAGUGCAACCAAAGAUCCAGUGUGUUCAGCCUGGGAAGGGCAGCCAGACCCAGGUCCUAGGACAGAUUGAGAUCUGCUUUAACCCAGAGUUCCAGCUGGAGAACUGUGAAAAAAUUGAAGUUGACAUGGCAAUUUUGGGUAACAGCCCUAAGGCUGCAGGCUUCAGUGUAUGCGAUCAUACAAUGCCUGUGUACUAUCCACCACUGAAGCGCAGAACUGAUGUCUAACAUGGUAGUCAGGUCAGUCAUCUUUAGAAUGAGGUAAAGUGCCUUGUCUAUGCUUGGUGAAAGGGUUUGCCGGGUAACACUGUCAUGACCCAGUAAUCAGCCGAGUCUGAGAAGAAAACUUUGUACAACCUAUUACAGUUUGAUUUAUAUUGACUUACUGUUACAUUAUCCUAAUUACCGGCAACACUAGUUUUGUAGGUUACGUCAUUGGUUCAGUCAUACAUGAAAAGAUUAUUAUGAUGUGACACAUUUGUUGAUUUUGAUUUCUGUCUGGGGAUUUUGUCUUUAAAAGUGCACUUUUAUUUUAAGAUUAUUCAUUUUUAAGACAUAUUGUGUGUCUAGACACUACUGCUAUUAAAUGAGUUGAUUGGUGUGUUAUGAAUGUUGAACCAUGUUUAGCCACUAGGAGGAAGCACACCUCUAAGGCAGGGCCUACCACAGGCAGACUAUGUUAUACUCGAUCUGUGUGAUUGACUUAAUUGUCCAAUAAUAAAGUUCUUUAUUAAAGAAAAAAAAAA